GGACAUCGGCCAUGCUGACUGUCAAGGCCCUGCCCGCCAAGUUCACAAAGAGCCUGAGGAAGGAAGAGGCCACGGAAGGGGCUACGGCCACACUGUGCUGUGAGCUUAGCAAGGCGGUCCCCGUGGAGUGGAAGAAGGGGUCUGAGACCCUCAGAGCCGGAGACAGAGUGAGCCUGAGACAGGAUGGGACGGUGUGUGAGCUGGAGAUCCGUGACCUGGCUGUGGCAGAUGCCGGGGAGUACUCGUGUGUGUGCGGGCAGGAGAGAACGUCAGCCACGGUGACCGUCAGGGCCCCACAGGUGGUAUUCAGAGAGCCACUCAGGAGCGUGCAGGCUGAGGAGGGUGCCUCGGCCACACUGAGGUGUGAGCUUUCCCAGCCCAAUGCUGCUGUGGUCUGGAGCAAGGGUGGCCUGGAGCUGCAGGCUGAUGGGCGCUGGGAGCCUCGGCAGCGGGGCUACACUGCGGAGCUCGUGCUGUGGGACCUGCGCAGAGAGGACGCGGGCGAGUACACUUGUGCCUGUGGACCCCAAGCCACCAGUGCUGCCCUCACCGUUACAGCUGCACCGGUGCGCUUUCUCCGGGAGCUGCAGGCCCAGGAGGUGGAUGAAGGUGCCACUGCCCACCUGCACUGUGAGCUGAGCCAAGAGGGUGCUAGCGUGGAGUGGCGCAAGGACUCCCUGCAGCUCUUCCCUUGUGCCAAGUACCAGAUGGUGCAGGAGGGAAGGGCUGCCGAGCUGUGGGUGCACCGCACUGAGCAGGAGGAUGCUGGCCACUACACCUGUGACACGGGCCACGCACAGAGCACGGCCAGCCUCUCUGUCCGAGCCCCUAGGCCCACAUUCCAGAUGGAGCUGCAGAGCAUGGAGCAGGAGGCCGGCAGUGUGGCCCGGCUACGCUGCCAGCUGAGUGAGGCAGAGCCUAGAGUCCCAGUGCAGUGGCUCAAGGAGGGUGUGGAGCUGCAUGUGAGUCCCAAGUAUGAGAUACGGCGUGUGGGGACCAUGUGCGAGCUGCUGAUCCAUGGGCUGGAGGCCAAGGACACGGGCGAGUACGUCUGCAUGGCCAGUGGUCAGAAAACCAUGGCUUCUGUCAUGGUCAAAGAGCCUGAGGUGACCAUUGUGCGGGGGCUGGAGGAUGCCGAGGUGCAGGUCGACGGGGAGGUGGAGUUCAGUUGUGAGGUGUCACGGGCUGGGGCCACGGCUGUGGAGUGGCACCUCCAGGGCCUGCCACUGCAGAACAACGAGGUGACAGAGCUGGCUGUGCGGGGUGGCCGCACCCACACGCUGCGGCUGAAGGGUGUGACCCCUGAGGAUGCGGGCACCGUCUCCUUCCACGUGGGCGCCCACACAUCCUCUGCCCAGCUCACUGUCCGAGUCCCUGAUGUGAGCAUCCUGGAGCCCCUGCAGGAUGUACAGCUCAGUGAGGGCCAGGACGCCCACUUCCGGUGCCAGCUAUCCAGGGCCUGCAGCCAGGAGGCCCGCUGGGCCCUGGGAGGGGUGCCCCUGCAGGCCAAUGAGAUGAAUGACAUCACCGUGGAGCAUGGCACACUGCAUCUGCUCACCCUGCACAAGGUGACCCUGGAAGAUGCGGGAACCAUCAGCUUCCAAAUGGGCUCAUGUAGCUCAGAAGCCCAGCUGAAGGUCACAGCCAAGAACACAGUGGUGCGCGGCCUGGAGAACGUGGACGCACUCGAAGGCGGCGAGGCGCUGUUCGAGUGCCAGCUGUCCCGCCCCGAGGUGGCCGCCCACACCUGGUUGCUGGACGACGAGCCUGUGCGAACCUCCGAGAACGCGGAGGUGGUCUACUUCGAGAACGGCCUGCGGCACUUGCUGCUGCUCAAAAACCUGCGGCCGCAGGACAGCUGCCGGGUGACCUUCCUGGCAGGGGACGUGGUGACGUCCGCGUUCCUCACAGUCAGAGGUUAGGGGUGCGGGGCGGGGCUGAGGCCUCGCGGGGGGGGGGGGGCGUGUAUCUGGAGACCCCUCCCACCGGCUGCCGCUCAGCGGGUGUGUGGG